AUGGCUUCUGCGAGUGUUAGACGCAAGUCGACCGGAGGCAAGGGCGGCCUUGUCGUCACCCUCACUGUCAACGCCGGAAAGUUGAAGGAGAUCAUCGAGCCCAGUCCCGUCAAGGAAGACUCCCCAGUCAAGAUGGACGUGGACGAGGCAAACGGCACCAAGGAGGCCCAAGAAACCCAAGACUCCCCCGCCACCUCGACGACUCUACCUGCUCCUGCUGCCGCGAACGGCGAGAAUGCUUCCGACUCCAACCCUGCUACGCCGGCCGCCGGAACACCCGCACCAACCUCCAUGGGACCUCCUACCGACGGAGCCAAGAAGAAGGGCACCAAACGCGGUGCUGGUGCUGCCAAUGGCCUGGGUCCCGACGGCCAGCCUAAGGUGCGAGGCAAGCCCGGUCCGAAGAAGAAGGCCAGAUUGGAGGACGGUACUAUCGACCCCAACGCCCGAUCAGGUGCCGCCGGACACAAGCUGGGUCCCAAGGCAAAUAUGGGAGCUAUCAACGCCGGCCUGCGAGCUCUGGACCGAUCCGGCAAACCCUGUCGCAGAUGGGCAAAGGGUGGCUUCACCCUCAAGAGCUUCACGGGCAUUGUCUGGGAGGUCCCUCGUUGGACCGCACCGCCCAAGUUCAUGCCCGACUCAACCACCGAGGAGUCAGCCGCUGCCUCCGCCGACAGCAGCCAAAAGGAGAACAAGGAAAACGACGUGGUCAAAAGCGAUGCCAAUAGUGCUGUCAACAGCGGCGCCGACGUCGAAAUGCGCAGCGCGCCGGGCAGUGUACCUGCCAGUUCUCCGGCCCCGAUGGCCAUCCCCGCCGCGUCAUAG